AGACGCGUGAGAAACAGAGCCCACGACUCCCUCGUCUCUACCAAAUCGCCGCUACCAAUGCCUCGUCUCCCUCCUCCGACCCGCCUCGUCUCCCUUGCGCCGACCCUUCCCCUCCCCUCAUCCCACCUCAUAGCUCCGGAGGCUGCCAGAUCCGCCACAUCCUCACCCAACCGUCCCUCUCGCGUCCCAUCCCGGUCUCUUCACGCGGCUCCUCGCUGCGCUACCUGCGGCGGCUGCAUCAGGUGAUGUCCGGCGAAUCCCGCCAACGCCAAGCACAGCCCGAGGUCCCUUUGCUCCAUGGAGCCUUCCCAUCCAGCUAGAUCGAGUGCUUGCUGCCACCAAAGCCCACCCGCGACCCAUCCCGCAUGGCUAGGGUUUCGGGUGUCGGAUCCGGUGUCAGUGGCCAUGUCGUCCUCGUCUCCUCCGACGUGCGGGGAGGAACGGGCAGUGGACAACCUUGCUGCAGCUCGGGAUGAAGCAGCCACGAGCUUCCUCCUCCUCCGGCUUCAGUGGAGGUGUACCAACGGUAGUUUGAAGCAGAUUAGGCGGUCGCGGGCAUCUUUGGCAGCGAGGCCGUCCAGUGAAGGAAAUGGCAGUGUGGCGAUUUGUGUUCUAUUCUCCAUCCUUUAAGCUCAUAACAGAAGAAAGAACUAUACAAUCACUAUUGUUUUAUUAAGAAAAAAACCUAUCAUGUACGCAUGUUUUGAUGAGUACCCCUCUUGACUCGAUUGUGUUGUAGGGAGUGAAAG